UUUUUUCUUUCUCUUUAUCUAUAAGACUGUAAACACAACAGAGGAUACUUAUCUUUUCAAAGUGAUUUAUGUCUACCUCACACACAAAUCACUUCAAAUUUUCUGGCAAAAUUGGCGAUGCUUUUGAUUCACUUCGAACAAUACGCGUACCAGCCAAAGAUGGUAGAAGCGGGCAAGAUAUUCAGCUGCAAUAUUCGCAUCAAAAAGUAAUUGGCAACGGCUCUUUUGGGGUUGUUUAUCAAGUAAAGCUGACACAUACAGGGGAAGAUGCAGCUAUCAAAAAAGUGUUGCAAGACAAACGAUUUAAGAACCGAGAACUAGAAAUUAUGAGGCUAAUGAACCAUCCUAACAUAUGUGGUAUUAAAGCCUACUUUUAUUCUCAAGGUGAUAGUAAGAAAGACGAUGUUUAUCUCAAUUUGGUCAUGGAAUACGUACCCGAAACAGUUUACAGGGUUACUCGUCAUUAUACUAAAAUUAAGCAAGCCGUACCAAUGCUUAUUGUUAAACUUUACAUGUACCAACUAUUUCGUUCUUUGGCUUAUUCACAUACGCUUGGUAUUUGUCAUCGAGACAUUAAACCACAGAACCUGCUUGUACAUCCUAUCACAGGUGUAUUAAAACUGUGUGAUUUUGGAUCCGCAAAAAUCCUUGUCGAAGGUGGCAUGAAUGUUGCCUACAUUUGUUCCCGCUAUUAUCGUGCACCAGAGCUCAUCUUUGGUGCUAGUUGUUAUACCUGCAGCAUUGAUAUCUGGUCAGCUGGCUGUGUCAUGGGUGAACUAUUAUUAGGACAACCAUUAUUUCCUGGUGAAAGUGGCAUUGAUCAGUUGGUAGAAAUCAUCAAAGUAUUGGGCACACCAACAAAAGAGCAAAUUCUGACGAUGAAUCCCAAUUACACAGAUCAUAAAUUUCCUUCUAUAAAACCACACCCAUUAUCCAAAGUGUUUAGAUCAAGAACACCGCCUGAAGCAAUUGAUUUGUUGUCUCAUAUCCUUCAAUAUGACCCAAAACAACGCCCAACUGCUAGUGAAGCUAUGGUUCAUCCCUUUUUUGAUGAAUUGCGUAAUCCUGAAACAAAAAUGGCUACAGGAAGAGAUCUGCCUGAGUUGUUCAAUUUUACUCGAGAAGAACUCUCUAUCAGACCCGACUUAAUACACAAGCUUGUACCAGCCCAUUAUGUUGAAAAACUAGAAAAAUCAGCAAACAUCAAUAUCAACCAUUUUACACCUAUUCCAUUAAAUGAUUUACGUUUGAAUAGUUUGGAUUAAAGAGAAUAGUAUAGUUAUCAC